AUGGGCAACUCCAAUUGGACCACUGCUCAGGAGUUUAUCUUCUCUGCUUUCCCUUCUUCCUGGGGAGAUUCUGUCAUCUGCUUCAUUCCACUGCUCCUCAUCUAUACUUUCAUUAUUUUUGGAAACUUAGUUAUCAUCACAGUGGUGAAGCUGAAUAUCCAUCUUCACACUCCCAUGUACCUCUUCAUCUGUGCCCUUUCUUUCCUGGAGAUUUGGUACACCACAGCCACCAUCCCAAAGAUGCUCUCCAGCCUGCUCAGUGAGAGGAGGAAUAUUUCCUUAAAUGGCUGUCUCCUGCAGAUGUACUUCUUCCAUUCCACAGGCAUCAGUGAAGUUUGUCUUCUGACAGCCAUGGCCUUCGAUCGCUACCUGGCCAUCUGCAACCCUCUUCGUUAUCCCACUAUCAUGACCUCCAAGCUCUGUGCUCAACUGACUUUAGGUUGCUGUCUUUGUGGCUUUGUCACACCCUUCCCUGAGAUUGCCUGGAUCUCCACACUGCCAUUUUGUGGUUCUAAUCACCUGGAGCAUAUCUUCUGUGACUUCCUCCCAGUGCUGCGUCUGGCCUGCACAGAUACACAGGCCAUCAUCAUGAUUCAGGUAGUGGAUGUUGUCCAUGCAGUAGAGAUUAUCACCGCGGUGAUGCUCAUUUUCAUGUCCUAUGUUGGUAUUGUGGCUGUGAUCCUCCGUAUUCGUUCAGCUGAAGGCCGCCGCAAAGCAUUUUCCACAUGUGUCUCUCACCUCACAGUUUUUGUGCUCUUCUUUGGCAGUGUGGCUCUCAUGUACUUACGCUUCUCUGCCACAUACUCUUUAUUCUGGGAUACAGUCAUUGCUCUGGCCUUUGCAGUUUUGUCCCCCUUUUUCAAUCCUAUUAUCUACAGCCUGAGGAAUAAAGAGAUAAAAGGAGCUAUAAAAAAGCACAUCAGUCAGGCUAAAACCUUGUUUUCCUAA